AGUCGUGGCGUGAGCUUUGAUUCGGUGCUGUUCGCUUGUGUUCGUGACGGUUAAAUUCCGUUUGCUAUAUAAAAUUCCGAAUAUUCCAGUUGUCUAGUGCUUUUUGUUCAGCCCGUUGGAUGGAAUAACGAUUAUUUUACGCCAUCCAUACAACUACAUCCCAACAUAAGCAACCCUCCAUGUUGCAGUGAAAAGUGACCAAAAAUCGAUCGAUAAGCAACCUUGAAAGUUGGAAAGAACCAGUCCGCAGUUCGACGACACAUUUUCUCCUAGUUUCGAGAAUCGAAUCGCCCUGCUUCCGUGUUUUUUGAAGUUUUUGCAACUACACUGAACCUGUGCAAAAUUGUGACCCGUGUUAAAUUGUGCUCACAAGAUGUGUGAAUUGCCAUUGACUGAAGAAGAAAAAAUAUCCGCUUACGAAAUUGACUGCAAAAAGACUGCGUUUACGUCAUGCUUCUAUGCUCUUAUCAGUCGCUAAAUGGCUGCUGAAAAGUGUCCAGCAGUUUUCGAACAAGAAGUGCUCGUCGUCAACCUAUGAACCGCAGCUCGUCCGUGGACCGUGGAGUUGGAGUCGCGUCCUCUUGCAUUCGCCCUCUGUAUAUAAUGUAUAUAUUCAAGCUAAAAGUAUCCUUACUCUGAAAAUCCCUCGAACCGAGUUCGAAUCGGAACCGCACCGCACACAACGCACCGUUUUAUAUUUAAAAAUAUUCUAAUAAUAGCAGUAAUAGUAAGUACACACGGACGAAGGUUUUGACUCCAGUGCUGGACAGUCAGUCGGAACUGACACUCCCAGUAGGAAGAAACCCUUAUUCCAAGAGAUCAAUUGCACCGUAAAACGGUUCCGGAAUCCUAGCGAGUUCCUAGCCCCCUUCAGACAGGGUUGGGACCAAACAGAAGCAAAACGGAACCCGCAGACAAUAACCGGAACAUCAUCAUAUCCAACCCCGAGAAAGCCCAGAAACAGGAACAGGAGAUGGCAACGGCUUUGAAGGGCCACAAAGGCCCGGCCGCCGGUGGCGGCAGCGGUGGACAAUUCAAUUGGCUGAAGCACGUCAAAUACGAACAUCUGGUGGCCGGAAUUUCCGGUGGUGUAACAUCGACCCUGUUGCUACAUCCGCUGGAUCUGAUCAAGAUACGAUUCGCAGUGAACGAUGGCCGAACAGCUGCGGUGCCCCAGUACCGUGGUCUGACCGGUGCAUUCCUGACCAUAUUCCGCCAGGAAGGCUUCAAGGGACUGUACAAAGGCGUCACACCGAAUGUUUGGGGAUCUGGCAGCGCGUGGGGAUUCUACUUUUUGUUUUACAACACCAUUAAAACGUACAUCCAGGAUGGUAAUACCGCCCAACCGUUGGGUCCGUCUCUGCACAUGCUGGCGGCGGCCGAAGCCGGCGUGCUGACCCUCGUGAUGACCAACCCGAUUUGGGUGGUAAAAACACGGCUCUGUUUGCAACUUACAGAACCGGGCCAAAAGGCGAACAACAGCGCCAUGUAUGCCGGUAUGGUCGACGGGUUGAAGAAGAUCUACCGCACCGAGGGUGUCCGAGGACUGUACAGUGGCUUUGUGCCGGGAAUGCUCGGUGUGUCACAUGGUGCGCUGCAAUUCAUGACGUACGAAGAGAUGAAGAAUAAGUACAACCAGCAUCGGAAGCGACCCAUCGAUGCCAAGCUGACUACCGUAGAGUAUUUGACGUUCGCCGCCGUUUCGAAGCUGAUUGCGGCCGCCACGACCUACCCGUACCAGGUAGUGCGGGCCCGGCUGCAGGACCACAACCACCGCUACAAGGGCACCUGGGACUGCAUCAAGCUCACUUGGAGAUAUGAGUCCUGGCGUGGCUUCUAUAAAGGGCUCGGUCCGAAUUUGUUGCGCGUGAUGCCGGCGACUAUGGUUACGUUCGUUACGUACGAGCACGUCUCGCGCUAUCUGUUGGGCUUCCGGAAGUCGUAAUAAAGUCGUUCGAAAAAAGCGACAAAAACGAAAUGCGACCGGCAAAGUGCACAUUACCGUGCUGUGCACCGUGUGCCAUGCGCAAAUUAAUUGCAUCUAUUGGCUGGCUCCAGCCGUAAAACUAAAUACAACCAACCAAAAAUGACUAGUACAGGAGUAGUACCGUAGAAUAGCUUAAAAUACAUAGCGUGAAGUACGCGUCGGUCACUACCGAUUGGCUGUGCGCAAAUUUAGUCUGUAUGCUGCAUCACAAUAGGACGCUUUAAGGACUCUUAUCUUAUUUCGAUACAAUCAUAACGUUAGAAUGGUUAAGACUAUUUCGUUUAUGUUAUAAUACUUUUAUAAAAGUACAUACACACAAGCU